UGAGUUCGAGUCAUGGUACAGCGGUCGUGACGACUCGGCGAAUCAUACUUUGCUGUGUUAUGGGAGCCAAGGGGUUGGAAAGACCUACAUAAGGUAAAAUAGUAUCCUCCCACGACCAUGAAACAUGCUAACAGGUAUUAAAAAUAGUUCUCUAGUAAUAGACACCCUGUGCAAGCGAGUUCGAGUACAGAAUAUUGCAGUUUUAUCACUCUAUUGUGAUUACCAAGCACAGAAGGACCAAACGGCAGUGAAUAUGAUAGGUGGUCUACUCAGACAGGUAGCAGUACGAGGAACGGUGAUUCCAGGUAAAAUUCGAAAUGCUUUCGAGGAGUCGAGAAAGGAUGGUGGCAAACCUCUUCGACUGCCGGACAUGCUAGCAUUAUUCGUUAAAACGAUCGGCGCUUACGAACGAGUAU